AUGGAUCCCGGCGACGUGCAACCGGCUUCUGCCAAGCCUGCAACCUGGUCCCACAUCUUGUCAAGACCUCCCUCACCGGCCGUUUCCAAGUCUGUGACCUGGUCCAACAUAUUGAACCAACCACCCUCCCCUGCCAAGGAAAACACUGCAGCCAGAAGCGGAACGCGCAUGACCCUGAGAGCCUCUCGACCUGGAAGCACCGCCUCUCGACCUGGAAGCGCUGCUAGCUCUUCUGCAUCAUUCUACUCACCGAAGAAGCGCAGCCUCAGCGAGAAGAACCUUUGGCCCGACAAGAUGGAGAAGACUCGCAAAGCCGUCGACAUACCGCUCGACAAGAAGCAGUACACCGACUUGGCCUGGCCUCAGAAGACCCCCACGAAGUUUAGCUAUGAUUGGGACCCUGCUUACGUUGCUGCCGGAGAGGAUGAGUACGCCCAGGAGAAAGAAGCACUUGGAAACCUACCAUUCGCGACUAGAGAUCUUCUUUCCGGGGACACUGGAAAUGGCUUCCUCCACAUGCUCAGCCUCCACCAGCGUAAUAAAGGUCCUUGCCUAAGCGGCCUUCGUGCCGUCGUCGAGGCAGCUGCUCGUGAAGGGUCUGCUGGAACCGGCUCUGGCAACCACAGCGCCGCCGCUCGCCUUGCUGCUUUCAAUGCCGGAAAGCUCAUCUCUGACACCUCGCCCGACAAGAAGAAGAGAACCCCGAUGUUCACCCACGACCAUUCGAUUUGUCCGAACUGGCUUACCAUGACUGAAGAGCCCCCGCACCACCCCAUCGACAUGGACGACGAACAGAAGCAGAUGUACGAUAACGCGUUCACGAUUUCUCUCGCUCUCGAUUCCUAUGAAGUUCCGCUGGGUCAUUGGCCUGAACUUCCGCCGGGUUAUUUCCAAUUCGGAAUCGACGGUGCCUUCGACGGUGCCCACGACGAAGGUGGAUGGAUGGAUGGUCAGAAGAGUCAGUAUCCAGCGGACCAAGGCGAUGACUACUAUACCGCUAAGGGUCAGAAGGGUCAGUAUCCAGCGGACCAAGGCGAUGACUACUAUGGCGACGAUGAUCAGGAAGACCUGUACACAGCCAGUGGUGGCUCCCAGGAAUGGUACGAUGCUCCUCCCGAGGCGUAUUAUUCAGGCGUCACCGAGACCGGUCCCACGGCAAGCGACUACAACUAUAAGCAGCUAUACCAUCCCAACGAGAUCGGCUACUCGUCAUCCAAGUCGUGGAUCAGCCCGGCGGAGGAAGAACGUGUGCGCUGGGGAAAGCUCAAUGCCAACCUGCACCACGGCAGCAUGCACAAAUCACCCUUCGUGCCUCGAUCACUUAAGAAAUACGUCGAGCUCAAGAUGGCGACCGGUCGUGCCAACGAGGAAGCUGUAGAGAAGCAAAUCGCACAGCGAGAGGAACAAGCUGCCGUGACCCGUCGCUUCAUCGCAGCAGGAGGACCCCUAGAGCAGCUGCAAAUCCCGGUCGAGAUGUCUCAGAAGCUGAAGCACGUCAACGAACGCGAUGGACUGUCUCCGAUCACUGCGCGCCCGUCCAUUUGGGCCAAGGAUCUCGGCAGAAACAUCCACGUUGACUGGCCCACCUACCGCGAACUGAAGGCUGAUGGUGAUGAUCGCGCGAUGGGACGAUACGGUCGAUUCUUGCCUCUGCCGCGGGUGGAGGUGCUUGAUGACAAGUACGAACACCUGUCCCACGGACCCGAAGCCAUUCCCAAGAAGGGCCCCAAGGUGCCCAAGGAAUACCGAAAGGUCGCGAACUGGGCCAAGAGCAGCCCUGGAGCUGAUGGUUUGACCGCACUAGAAGCCGCUGAUCUCGACAAGCCGGCACAGGAAAUCGAGAUGGGCAAGCUUCCCCCCGUGGCCCAAGAGCUCAUCAAUGAGACAGACGAGGAGGAAUCAUGA